AUGAUUCAGGACCGGACAAUGCAGAACUUGUGGGGGGCGGUUGACGAACUCCGGCAGCGGGUGGAAGAACUGGAGAACGGCGGCACUCCGCUCGUCAUGGAAUUGGACUAUGUCGCCAGCAUGACCUCAAAUCGAAAGACGUUCCACCUUCGCGGCUGCAAGUUCACCGAAGGAUUCAUUGCGGUAGAGGGUGGUUACUUUCAAUUCAGUUCCCACGAUGAAGCAUUGGCGGCAGGACUGGUCCCAUGCAAGAGGUGCGGAGCCUAGUCUGGCUCCAAGAUC